UCUUUAGUAACAUUCAAACACUCAGAACGAGCACAUCCGAGUCUCCGUAAAAAUUGUUUGUUUUAUUUUGUGAAACUUUUUUCAUUCCGAUUUGUACGAAAUUUUUGAAGAAACUUUUUUUUUUUUCUUUAUAUUUUUUUUAACAAAGUUUAGACGUAAUAGAUCUAGAUUAUGAAUCGACUGACGCAGCACGUCGUGGAGGGCAAGUCCAGGUGCCACGAUUACCGUCAUGCCGUAAAGCUAAAUGUUUGGAACAGCGAAUUAGAUGACAUCAAAAUAUGCCUGGACAUGCCUUACCUGGAGGUACUGGUUCUAAACGCGAACAAUAUUGAUACUCUAAGCAGCCUUCAGAACUGCCAUCGAUUGAAAGAGCUAUACAUCCGAAAGAAUAAAAUCGCCAGCUUUGAAGAGCUCAACUUCCUGGCCAACGCCCGAUGCCUGACCUUGCUUUGCUUGGAGGACAAUCCUUGCACCGUGGAAGCCGGAAGCAACUACAGGGCCUGUGUGCUGCGCAAGCUGCCGCAGCUGAAGAUUCUGGACGGUGUGGAAGUCUGCGAGCUGGAGUUGCAGGCCGCCCUCCGCCACGAGGCCUAUCCGGUCCAGAAGAAAGUCAGCAAAGCUCGGGUGGCGGUGUCGGCGCCCUCUACUUGUGACACCAAGAUGAACAACUGUCGCGAGCGACGGGAGAGGGAGCCGCAGAAGGAGCCGCAGAAGGAGCCGCCGAAGGAGCUGCAGCCGGUGAAGGAGCAAGUCCGCCAGGAUGUCAGCGGUGCCAUGCCAGCGAUGUUAGCCAAAAGCGAAGGUCCCGUCCAGAAUUUAAAUCUUGUGCCCAGCUCCAUCCAUCCGAGCCUGGCAGUCAUUGUAGCUCAGCAGAGGCGUCUUAAGCUGAAUAGAAAUUUGCUGAACGCCUCUUUGUCCCUCAUCCGUGAGAUGGACGCACCGACGCUGAAGGCGCUCAGUCAAGCCAUCCAACAGCUAAUACUUAACAAAUCGUAGAUUCCAGAUCCGAGAUCAAAAUUAAGGGAAUUUCCCAUUUUUGUAUCCAGUAAUUUCCCGAAUUUCGCAUAUCGGUUCUAGCUCAAGGAGAAAUAUCCCGAUUUCCCAAGCUACAAAAUAUAAACAUAAAA